CCGUUGCGCGCACGAGGUUCCACACGCCAUUCGCGACUUCAUUCCGCUCGUUGACACGGCCCAAGUCCCUCUCCGAGUCCCACUGGCAGAGCCAAGCAUCGAGACAGAGAGACAGAGAGAGAGAGAGAGUCACAUCGAGAGAGAGGAGGAAGAGAGAUCGUAGAAGUAAUGAGGACCGAGAGGCAGGAGACGUGAGAGGAGAGGGGGAAUCGAGAGAUCGAGAGACGAGUCGUCGGAGACAGAGAGAACUUGAUUUUCAGCAAAGCCGUUGACUUUGCGUCCUGGCCGCCCUCAGCCGGCUGUGCUGUGGCCCGACGACUCAGUUCCACAUCCCCUUCGAAUCCGACCAAUUCGUCGCGCUCUUCCGCGGGAUUGCCCGAUCGAUUGUCUUCUUCACUGGCGGACCAGGCGUUUUGGGUCCUUCCGCAGAGGAAUUGAAUUGAGUUAACUUCAGGGAGAGGAGUGGAGUGGAGUGGAGUGGAGUGGAGUAGAGUAGAGUAGAGCAGAGGAAUAUAAUUGAACGCCUGCGAGAGGCGAUUCUUUGGUUAUUUCGUGCAUAAUGAGCUCUCAGCGCGACGAACAGGUUCAUACGAUCGACGAGGAGAAUGCUUUAAGCUAGAACAGAGCGGAGUGGAUCGAGGUGGGUGGCAUUGCGAGAGCAGCUCGAGGGAACGGACUCCGUGCUCGUUGAUUGAUCUCCUCUGUUUUGAAACCGGCACAAUGCUCCCGGAGCAAAAUUGGGUGGCUUCGAAAUAGGUCGGGAAUUCCGGUGGAUCUGGCUUUCUUCUGUCUCGAGUACCAGAUUUUUGUCACAGCGGGUUCGGUUGGAGAGUUUCAGGCAGCGAGAAUUGAAGAUCAUAGCGCUCUUUUCCUCGGGGGUCGGUCAAUCGUCGGGAUUUCACUCCACUGGUCGCUGCAAUUCACGUCGGUGACCCUGGCCUGCAGGACACAUCUGAUGCAGUGCCCAUAGCUGAGGUAGACGAUCGUACAGGGUCUUUGGGAAUAGAGAGAAGCACAUCUUUCUGGCGCGAGGAAUUACCGAAAUUGGUGGUCGCUGACGGGACUUUUUCACUCGCGCUUCAAAAUGGGGGGGAAUCGGGAGUUGCGAUCCUUGAAAGAUAUUGCACGAGACCGAAUUCUGGUGGAAAUGCUCGGGGCGGUUAAAGGAGGAGGCAAGUCAGUAGCGUGGAAGGUCCUGAUUGUUGAUGAGGUGACAGUGAAAGUGAUGUCCAAAAUCUGCAAAGUAUCAGAUAUACAAGAGGAGGGUAUAUCAGUGAUCGAAGAUCUCAAGAAGAGCAGACAACCACAGCGUACUCUCGAGGCUGUCUAUUUCAUCUUUCCUUCAAGAAACAGCGUAUCCAAGUUCAUGCAGGACAUGUCAGGGCAACUUCCACUAUACAAGAGGGCGCAUGUUUUCUUCAGUACCCCCCUUCCACCCGAACUGCUUCAACUUAUCAAGAGUUCGCGUGAUGUCUUGUCGCGUGUUGCUUCUCUUGCCGAGCUGAAUCUGGAGUUCUGGGUAGUGGACACUCAGGCUUUCGUCACCAACCAUGAUCUGGCUAUGAGGCAUAUAGUUGGGGGUAACGAAAUGACUCCGCAAUACACCACGUGUAUCGAGUCAAUUGCGUCUCGAUUGGGUACAAUGUUUGCCUCGUUGAAGGAGUUUCCCGCGAUUCGUUAUCGUGCUAUUGGAGCAGGUGAGGCUAAUCCUGCAACUUCUGGACGCGAUUGUGCACCCUUGAAAUUGGCAACAGCACUAUGGGAACGGUUACUGCAAUACAAGGCCUUGCCCAACUAUCCGCAGUCUGAGAGUUGCGAUCUCAUCAUCCUAACACGGGCAGCUGACCCGAUUGCUCCUGUGAUCCAUGAGUGGUCAUACAAUGCUAUGUGUCAUGAUCUAUUGGACCUGGAUGGUAACAAAUUCAAGUAUGAGGUGACAACAGCCGCUGGCAGGCAGGAACAGAAAGAAGUUCUGCUUGAAGAGCAUGACGGAGUUUGGAGAGAGCUUCGUGAUUUGCACAUUGCGGAUGUGAACUUGCGUCUCGACGCGAAGAUGAAAGAGUUCAAAGGCAGGAACAAGGCCGCGCAACUGCAUGGUGGAGGAACGCGUGAAGAUAUUUCGACGAAAGAUAUGCGGAAGAUUGCUCAGGCACUUCCCCAGUAUCAGGACGAGCUUGAAAAAUUAAGUCUUCAUAUUCAUAUCGCGACAAAGUUGAGUGAAAAAAUGAGGGAGCAAGGUCUUACUGACCUAAGCAAGGUGGAGCAAGACCUUGUAUUUGGAGGGGCAAGUAGCAAAGAUCUGAUAAACAUUCUUACCACCAAACAGGAAUUAAGUACAGAGAACAAAUUACGUCUGUUGAUGAUCUACGCAAUAACUCAUCCAGACAAGUGUGACGCAAAUAAACUCCAACAAUGGCUGAAGCUAGCAAGAUUGACAGACGAAGAAUUUGAACCAGUGGGCAACAUGCGGCUUCUUGGAGCCAAUGUUGGAAAGAAACAUAAGAUUACUCUGAGUUACGGCUCUAAAGCGAGCAAAGCUUACAGGAAGGAGAAAGAAAUGAGAGAAGGCGACUGGCAGAACGCGCGGUUCUUCCCAGUCAUGGAGGAGCUUGUAGAAAGUCUAUCGAAAAAUACUCUCUCGAAGGACGAGUACCCGUACUUCAGGAGUCCUUCAGCUUCAUCAGACAAUGAAAGUUCUUCGGUGCACAGAAGCUCAGCAGGUUCAUCAGUGCGAAGCACCAGAAAUUGGGCUCGAGGAUCCGGAAGCCUAUCACCAGACAAUUCUAUCAAUGGAAGCUCUCAUGGAAGCUCUCAUGCUUCCAGGAAGUUUGGCAAGCGUAUCUUCGUCUUCAUUAUAGGUGGAAUGACUCACUCUGAGCUAAGUACGGCACACAAGAUGACAAAUGCAUUAAGUCGCGAGGUGAUUAUCGGUUCUACAAGCUUGGAGACUCCGAAGGAAUUCUUGUCGAAAGUGAGGUCGCUAAGUGGAGAGGACGAACUGGAUCUCGACUUUUGAGCUCGUGAGACUGGUUUAUCGAUAGAUCAUCCGAACUCACUGAAGCUACGAAUCGGUGCACACUGACCUACUUGAAGACAGAUCUCUCACCUGUUGAUAUAUGAGCAAUUUGAGCUCGGGUCGUCGGGCACGUGUACAAGUACUCCUGGCCUUGUAGAGAAGCAGAAGACUCCCAGUCCUGCGACGCCUUGCAGACGCUCACAGAAAUUUGCGUUCGUCUCAAGCGCAUGAGGAGACAAAUUUAUAUUCAAUGCGCCUAUUGACUCUUCGGUGUUCCCCGGCGUUUGACGCCAAUUGAACUGCAUUUGCUGGAAGUGAGGAGGAGUCGGCAGACAGCAUCACGCUCGCUUGAUCGCUCGCUUGAUCGCUCGCUCACUCUCUCUCUUUCUGUGUGUCUGAAGGAGACUCACUGCUUCAUGAUGAGCUAGAUCGAGUCUAAUCAAAGAGAAACCCGAAUGCAGCAAUUACGCAAACAGCAACUUCACUCACCCUCUCACGGGAACUGGCAACAAUCAGCCGUCAUCAAAGUCCACUAUGUUUUUGCCUAAGUUUUAAGUCACUCUUUGGUGGCUCCAUAAAGCCACAUUACUUUGCUUACAGAUUGUACUCUAGCUUAUUCCCUCGGUACUGCUGUAGUGUGAUAUCCUUCUUCUCGUCAAGUUGUGAAGAGACAGUUGAGAAAGAAAUAUAAAACUGGACGUCAUGGCAGAGGUACCAGUUUGCAGAAGAAAAAAUAAAGGCUCGGUUCAAUGAAGACAGUUGCAAUUACUGUGUCAUGCCCAACGUACAGACCAUUGUUUCGAGUCAAAAGCAGGAGCUGUCAUUUAGUUUUUGGAGCUCUUCCUGUAAACAAGCGCUGUUUUUCCCAGACUGUCAGCAACAGACAGGUACAAGAAUUUAGAGAGGGACUCAAAUGCCGAACAUUCUCUCCUCUCUAUAAAUAUGAAAAGCACUUUGAACUAAGUGCAGAGUCAAUGAUAGUUUGAUGCUAUGGGACGAAAUUUUCAGCAAG